AUGAACAUAGAUUUAAGAAAAUAUUUACAACAAAAUCAUAAUCAACUUAUAUGGAAAGAAAAAAUUCAAAUCACUGCUGAAAUAAUUGAUGCACUAUCAAAAAUUCAUAAUGAGAAUGCAAUCCAUAGAGAUUUGCAUUCUGGAAAUAUAUUAUCUAAAAGUGGUAGAGUUUUUAUUAGUGAUCUUGGAUUUUGUGGGCCUGCAAAUAAACCAUUAAAAAGUAUAUAUGGAAAUCUUCCUUAUAUAGCACCUGAGGUUAUUAUUGGAAAAGAACAGACUUUUAAAUCUGAUGUUUAUAGUAUUGCAAUGCUUAUGUGGGAAAUUUCAUCUGGACAACCACCAUUUUAUAAUUAUGAACAUGAUUAUGAUCUUGCAAUGAAUAUUGUUAAUGGUAUAAGACCAAAAAUUGUACCAGGAACUCCUUUAGAAUAUAAAAAUUUGAUGAAACAAUGUUGGGAUGCUAAUCCAUCAAAAAGACCUGACAUUUUUACACUUGGGGAUAAAAUGAGAGAAAUUAAUUAUUUUAAUCAAACUAAAUCAAGCGAAUUAUCUCAGCUUGAAGAAAAUAACAAUUUUGAAAUGGAAAAUUAUACUAGCAAUAGCAAACUAUUUACAAGUAAACUUCAUCAAUUUGACAAUUUUCCUGAACCAAGAAAUGCAACAGAAGAAGAACAAGAAGCAUUUCAUAGUAACAAAUCAUAUAAUUUUCAUAUUCCUGAUAAUAGUAAUGAUUUUAAUAAAUCAAAUAGUAAGAAAAAUAGUACUUCAAAAAUAAAUAGCUUAUUUAAAAGUAAUUGAAUUGCAUUUUAUUUUGACAUAAUAAUCAAAUGAAUGAAUAACUUAUAUUUAAGGUUUUUUAGUUUGCAGCAAAAAGUUAUCCAAUAUAUAUAAAAGAAGCUUAAAAAAUGGCAAGUAAAAU